UGAGGCAUUUGAGCUGGACAGUCUUGAAAGUGUAGAUUCUGCUGCGUCAAUGAUGACCAAUCAGUUUGUGAUUGAUCUGCAAGAGUCUUUCCAUUCCAUCAAGGUUGAGGGUGACAAGCCACAUAAGAGGAAUUUCCUUUCUAAAGCUGUGACAAUGUAUGGAAAUCUCCUCAUCAAAGUAGAAGAAUUUUUUACUCAGAUGUCACCCGGGGGAAUUCGCCAAGACAAAGAACUGGUAAAGGGACCCAUGGAAGAGCAAAAUGCCAUCAGUGAAUGUGAGCAUGCCCCUCUGAAAGACCACGACAUCCAUUCAUUUAUUAAUCUCAAGGACACCACCAAAGAGGUCAUGAGCAAGAUUUUGACAGUAUGCAAAGAGGUGAUGGGUGAAAAUGCAGUGUGUGAAACAUCACCUGCUGUCUCAGCCCAAGACAGUAAUGUAAUACUGCAGCUUGAAGCCUGUUUUGCCUCCGCCGAGUCACCUGUUCAUACACUUAGUGUUGACGAUGAAACAGAGUCUUCAUCAAGAAAACUUAUCCAAGACGAGGGCAAACUGUCAGUAUCAAGGUCUGAGAUCUUAUCUGGUGCAGUCCUCUGGCCCAGUGAAACACCAGCUGAAGCACCUGCUGGGCAACAUGUUUGCAUCAACAUGGAUGAUGUGACUGAAAAGGAAUCCUCUCCUAUCUCUCGCCAAAAAAUUGUUGGUGUUGUGAACACCAUCUCUACAGAGCUAGAUGUGGAGAAUGGACAAUGUUCUACCUCCCCCUCUCAGGAUCUUACCUCACUGGAUGAAAGGCUGGAGAGACUGCUGUCCAAUGAGCGUCUUACUGCAUUCGCUCACAAUCUUGCUGAACAGGUGCAUUAUCUUUUCCUUUUAGACCAGAAAAGAAAAGCCAUAAACAAAUCUGCCUCCGACUCAGCUCUUUUGAACAUGGGACAGAGUUGCAGUUUAUCAAAAAUGGAUAACAUCAGAGAGGCCAUUCAGAUUUAUGCUGAGGAGACAGUGAAGAAUUUCUUCCUGCCUUGUUUCAACAUUCCGGCACCUUGGAACAUUGAUGUAGGAAGAUUCUUACCACAAGCUUCAUCCUCAGUUUCAUGUCCAAGCUUUCUCUAUUCCAUGUAUGAAAUCAUACCACAAGGUGCUUGUAGAUCUCCCCCACAAGUGCUGCAGAGCACAAUACAGACUCUUACAGCAGUCACUGUCAGGGAUAUAAUGAACUCGCUGCCCCAGGAGGAGCAAGCAGUCCAGGAACCACUACCUGACAGUGAGCGAGUUUUCAGCAGACCACCUUCAGGUGUGUCAGAAGUGUGUGCAGUAAGCCCAGACAUUGUUACAGAGUCACGUGAACUCAUUCAGACCUCUGUUCAACUCACACCCAAGGAAAAGAAAACCAAGCGGCAACGUUUUCGAUUCCUACCAAAAAUGUCCAAGGUCAAGGCCUUUUUUAAUCUCAAACUGAAGAGAUCAAAGUCAGGAAAUUGUGCUGGGGAGCAGUCCACCAACCUGGAUCUGGAUUUGAAUCCAACCUCUUCUGCUCAUGGUGAUACAAUCCUCAAAGAUAUGCCCUGA